GUCCCCCCUCCCAUGGUAACAGGGGCCUCCCCCAGCAGGACAAUGCUCCCAACACACCACAGAAGCCAAGGCCUCCAAACUCCCCAAAACCCAAUCUGAUCCAGGAUCUGUUGGAUGAUCCAGAACAAGACAGAUCCAUGGAGGCCCUCUGUCCUGAAACCCUCAGGACCCAAAGGAUCCACUGUCAAUGUCCUAGUUCCAGACCCCGCAGGACCCCCUCAGAGUUCCUAGUCCAUGUCCUGCCAUGCCCUGUGACAUCAGAAAGAUCUCCUCAGUAUUAGUGUAACAGCAGGUCUGUAGCUGCUUCACACUGAAGACUCUGAGUUCAGUUCUUGAAGUGAUCAUGUCCUCACUUUGUUUCUCCUUCGGUUCCUUGUUGCUUGUUUAAAGGUUUGGUAUCUAAGUCUUGAUAAAGACCUGAAUCAUUAGACAGUCUCUGGCAUCAGGAUCAAUAGAAAUGAUUGAUCCCAUCUCUGUGUUUAUUGGAGCAGCUGCUGAUGAAGGUGUUUCUCCAUGUUUCUGUUCAGGUAACAGGAGCAGGUAAAUGUCUGGACUGUGCUUGGUCGAUGAAGAAGGUCGACUGACGUCAUGGCGUCGUGUUUCCGUCCGGUCUGUGGUCAGCUGCUUUCUCAGGAUUUAAUCCAACUGUUCUCAUGUGUUUCUGUUUGUUUCUUCGGACAAAGGAACGAGUCUGAAACAGAGACUGAACCGAGGCUCAGUCGGUCUGUGUCUGAAUGAGACGUUCAGAGGUCGGUCUGUGGAGGGAAACCUCCACCUGCUGGUCCAGACCGACGACCGCCUCCUACAGGAAGCAGCUCAGGUUUGUCUGAACCGUCUGAGUUAGGAUGUGUCUGAGAAUCCUCUGAGGACGGAACAGAAACUGUUCACACCUUUUCAUUUAGAGAGAAUGAAAAGGUGUGAACACACACACACACACACACACACACACACACACACACACUGAUUUCACCAUGACGCAGCUCUUGUUGAAACUGAAAGUGAAACUAAAGUUUCCUCUGCGUCAGUCUGAGUCUGAGCUGAGGACACAGUCAGUCUGAUUCAUUCAGCUGCGGUCACAUCACAGACGAACGGAUCGAACGGGAUUUAACGGGAUGAAGAUGUUGCUGGUGUUCGUGAUCUUCCUGCACGUUUCCCAGCAUGCCUUGGGUAUAGAGGUGUAUGAGGGGGCGGAGUCAGUCCUGCUGCCCUGUCAGGUCAACGCCUCUGUCUCUGAGAAGUCCACAGCGGUGUGGAGCCGAGAAGACUUCAGAGACCCGAUUGUUCAUGCUCGUCAGCAGAGUGGAGACGUCCUCGGAGACCAGAACCAUCUUUACACCAACCGAACGUCGAUGAGGACGGACGCUCUGCAGACUGGAGACCUCAGCCUCACUCUGAGGAAACCCUCCAUCAGUGACAGUGGCAACUACACCUGCACCGUCCGGAGGUCUGGACAAGAUCUGAGCCGGACUCAAGUACAACUGAAUGUUAUCUUGUCAACUGCUGAACCUCCAGCCUGGCCCAAGGUCCUCGCAGCUGUCCUGGUUGUCCUGGUUGUCCUGAAUGUCCUGGCUGCAGCUGUCAUCGGUGUCCUCAUGUAUAAAAUGUAUAAAGGGAUGAAGGAAAGAAAAGCUUCUUACUUCUACUCUCUGAUGAGAGACAUGAUGACGACGGUGUCACAGUUCUUCUCCAACGUCACCGGUCAUGGCGUCAGUUCACAGCAAGAACCGUAUCUAGUCAGACAGAAGGUCCACGCAGGUGUCCUGGUUCCUCUGGUUCCUGUGGUUCUCCUGUUUCCUCUUCCUGUGGUUACCGCUGUCAUCAUGUAUAAAAGGAUGAAGAACAGAGAAGUCCAACAGGUGGAGGUGGAGGAGGGGGUGGAGUCUGUCCAGCUGCUCUGCAAAACCACAAGGAACCUGCCUAAAGACGUCAGAGUGGAGUGGAGGAACCGUUACAAUGAUACAGUCCAUGUGUAUGCGAACGGCUCUGACCGACCUGAAGAACAGGACCAGGUUUACAGAGACCGAACAGAGAUGAAGAAAGACCUGCUGAGAACUGAAGACCUCAGUCUGACUCUGAAACACCCCACAGAUGGAGACAACUACACCUGCAGAGUCUACAGCAAGGAGGGAAAACUCCUGAUGAAGAAAAAAAUGGAGAUACAGGUCAGAGUUCGAAAGGUGGAGGUGGAUUCAGGGGUGGAGUCUGUCCAGCUGCCCUUCAAAACCCCAGAUCACCUGGAUGGAAACAUCAGAGUGGAGUGGAUGGACAGUGACAACAAGAAGGUCCAUGUGUAUGAGAACGGCUCUGACCGACCUGAAGAACAGGACCAGGUUUACAGAGACCGAACAGAGAUGAAGAAAGACCUGCUGAGAACUGGAGACCUCAGUCUGACCCUGAAACACCCCACAGAAACAGACAACAACAUCUACACCUGCACCAUCAGCAGGGAGGGAAACAUCCUGAUGAAGAAAGAAGUGAAGCUCCAGGUCAAAGUUCGAAAGGUGGAGGUGGAUUCAGGGGUGGAGUCUGUCCAGCUGCCCUUCAAAACCACAGAUCACCUGGAUGGAAACAUCAGAGUGGAGUGGAGGGACAGAGACAACAAGAAGGUCCAUGUGUAUGAGAACAGCUCUGACCGACCUGAAGAACAGGACCAGGUUUACAGAGACCGAACAGAGAUGAAGAAAGACCUGCUGAAAACUGGAGACCUCAGUCUGACCCUGAAACACCCCACAGAAACAGACACCUACACCUGCACCGUCUACAGCAGGGACGGACACAUUUUGAUGAAGAAACAAGUGGAGCUAAAGGUCAAAGUCCCUAAGGUGGAGGUGGAGGUGGAUUCAGGGGUGGAGUCUGUCCAGCUGCCCUUCAUAACCACAGAUCACCUGGAUGGAAACAUCAGAGUGGAGUGGAUGGACAGAGACAACAGGACGGUCCAUGUGUAUCAGAACGGCUCUGACCGACCUGAAGAACAGGACCAGGUUUACAGAGACCGAACAGAGAUGAAUGAAGACCUGCUGAGAACUGGAGACCUCAGUCUGACCCUGAAACACCCCACAGAAACAGACAACAACAUCUACACCUGCACCAUCAGCAGGGACAGAAACAUCCUGAUGAAGAAACAAGUGAAGCUACAGGUCAAAGUCUCAAAGGUGGAGGUGGAUUCAGGGGUGGAGUCUGUCCAGCUGCCCUUCAAAACCACAGGUGACCUGGAUGAAAACACACUACACCUGCACCAUCAGCAGGGACAGAAUCAUCCUGAUGAAGAAACAAGUGGAGCUACAGGUCAAAGAGUGAACUCAGGUCAAAUAUGAACCAGUCUCUGAUCCUUCUUCUAAGAUGAACUGAUUCAUCAGUUUGAUCAGUCUUUGAUGAUUGAGCUGAUGGAUGAAGACAGGAGGACGCUUUGUCAACUUCUUUCUACUGACACUGACACAGUCUGCAGACUCAGUAUUGAUCAGUCAUCAGUAUAUAAACUUCAUUUAUUGAUGUGAUUACUGUGUUUUGUGGUCAUCACCACCUCCAGCUGCUCCUUCCCUCUCUUCCCUCUGGUUGUAGUACUGUUGUACCUUACCAUGUUUAGUGUCUCCUGAUGUACGACGAGGGUGACUGACCAGUUGAUGGACAAGCUCAGAUCCAUGUUCAGAGGACGAUCGUCCGUUUUCUCAGACAGAGCUGACGUUUAAACUUCAACGACCUGAAACUGAAAAAACUAGAAAACUUCAAACUCUGUGUAGAAUCAGUCAGAGAGCUGAACUGAACGUCCAGGUGAUGAGGUGUUGAACUCUCCUCCUUCUACCUUCUACCUUCUAGGACACAGACUGAUCUAUCAGCCCUCGUAUGGAUUAGAUACAGUGGAUGGAUUAUUGGAUGUAUUAGAUCUCCUGUCUGUCACUAUCAUGUAUAUAUAUGUUGUGUAUCAGCUUGUUGCAGCUCUUCAUUGAAGCUUCCUGAUGUUUCCACUGAGACUGUGUUCACACUGAGCUGGAUUCAUAUGAAUCUGGAUCUGUUUUCUCCACCUUGGCCUUCCUCUACUAAACAGUCAUUGUUCAGAGCAGCUCUCUGUGUUGUAGUGUUGAUUAUUAUCACUGAUGGAUCAGCAUGUCAGCAGUGUUGUAUUUAAUCUUCUGUACAUUGUGAGACUUUUCUUGCUGUGCUGAAUAAAAACCAGGUGGAUCGUGUUGAUCUGCUGAAAAGACAGAAUCCGUUUUAAUCCCUUCGGUCCUGUCACUCCACUGAUCCGAGGCUUCUACGACCACUUCCUGUUUAGACCCUUUGUUUUCUAACAACUCUGUUCAGUGUGAUCAUCUCUGCCCGUCAACAGAGGGAGGGUUAGAAAUGUGAGGACAGGAGCUGCUGCAGCUGAGGUUAAACCUUUAAAGGAUGAGAAGUUAUUGUUGUUGUACUCAGUGAUCGGAGACUCUGUAGGGACGAACUGA